CGACAUGCCCCGGAGUCCGCCAUGUUGACGUAGCGGUGGGGUUCCCAGUAAUUAGCCAGCUUGAGUAAUCUCUCCCCCAUCAAACCCUGUGUAAUCUCUCCCCGGACCAUCAAACACGGCCCUCCACACGCAGUAAAACAAAAACCUUAUCAGGACCGAGUCAAGCACAUUGUUGUUCCGAACGGUGGGAAGGACGGACAAACCGAGGGCUGGCUGCAGACGACGCGAAGGCAACACCUGACGACACACCUUUUCGCGCCAGGUGACCCGCAGGGGUUCGAACGACUUGGACAGACCAAGAAGGUUAACCCCCUUGCUUGGACCUUACUUGGACAUCGGACCGAAAGGAUCGAACCUUUGUUGUCAAGGUCAACCUGUCCGUCAGCAAUGUAAUGGCGUCCGCUGUCCUGUAAACACUUCGUCGAAAAUUGGAAUCAGAUACUGUCAGACUUUUUCGUCCAAGUCUAAGUUGUGUAGGACCACGCCGUGCUAUUCAGCAAGUAUGUACCUCUUGCAAAGGGUGCAAGUAUAGACUAGGAUUGUGCCGCCGUUUAAAAACUUUUGAAAACUGAAAUAGUCAAGAUUUCAGAGGACGUUUGCAGCUCUGUACCAGUCCGCACAAACUAACUUUACCGCACAAUGGACCUGUCAACUAUCCCGACGCUCAGACACUCCAUCGACAACAUCCUCGGGAGGUCGGCGGCGGUCCCUCGGUGGCAGGGGCGCCCGGGCACCGAGCGCAAGGACACCUGCUCCCCGGUGGGUCCCAUCGACUACAGCCUGCACUCGCUAGCGUCACAGGAAUCCAGAAGUGCUCAAGAGGCGCAAGACACUGUGGAAAUAUCAGAUACAACAGGUCGGUUCUUUGCCAGCGAAGACGUCAGGUCGCCCGGUGACAACGACGUCGCCACCGACGUCGAGGCACCUGACGGCGACGUCACGGACGCUGACGUGUUUGACGUCGGCGGCGACAGCGCGUCAGAGACGGGGCGCGAGUCCGUGUGCAGCGGCGGGACAGACGCGUCGGUGUCAGAGGAAGGGUCGGACAGGAGGGUGAAGCGCAUGCGCCGGGUGAGGACGACGUUCUCCGCGGAACAGCUGAAGGCGUUAGAGGACGUGUUCAAGGUCACACAUUACCCGGAUGUACACACGAGGGAGCAGCUGGCCCGGAAGACCAAACUGCCGGAGGCAAGGGUUCAGAUCUGGUUCCAGAACAGACGGGCGAAGUGGCGGAAGUACGAGAAGCUGACGAACUUCGGCGGGCUGGGGUUUCUUCAGAACACGGACAUGGCGAUGGUACCCGCACCGCACACCGCCGCUAUCACACGGGUGGACCCAAAGGACAAGACGAAGGAGCGGCCGCGGCCCCUCCAGCCGGGAAGUCCCUCCAUCAACCCUGUCCUACCCACAAUCCACAGCGUCACCGUACCCACCACGCUGUACACGUCACCGAUCCCGUCAUGCACCAUCGUGCCCAUCGGCUUUCCGACGACUCCCGACUCCGAGACUCGGAGGUGUUCGUCCAUCGCCGCGCUCCGAAUGAAGGCGAAGGAGUACGAAGCGGCGUUGGGCAUGCAGUUCAUGUACAACAAACAAUGAAAAUGGAACUGAUCAGAACGUUUUCCAUACAACAACGGAGCGAGCAACAUCCGUGUUGGUGUCUGGAUUUGCGUUUCACAGGACUCAAGGGCAAACGGCGUUUUGAAAAAAUCUUAUCAGCAACUUUCUUCUGGUACUCUUAUUUUUAAGUUAGGCCACAGCAAGUAAAUUUUAUGGAUGACAUCCUCUGCAGACUGCAAAAAUAGUGCGAUAGG